UAUUAUAUAUUGGUUAGAUUUCUAAUAGAAAAUUUACAUUUAUAAACCUCAAUAAAUUGUUUUAUUUAUUUAUUUAUAAAGAAGAAUUAUGAGUGAUAGUUUUAUUAGUUUUGAUGAUACUUAUAAUGAUUCAAAUACGUUGGACCAAAAUAAUGGAAAUGAUAUAACUGAUACAAGUCAACAAAUUAAUGAAACACACGAUUCUGAUCAAAAUGUUUCACAUAAUCCAAAUGACUUGCCAAACACAAAUCCGCAAUCAUCUGAAGUUAACAAUCUGCAAAGACGAACAAGUUUACAUCCAUUAGAAGAAGUAGAACUCAAUAGAAGAGUUACAAGAAAAAGGACCCCAUCUGGUCAUAUCGCACAAUCGUUAUCUAUAGAUGAAAACAUUAAUGAGGAAAAUCAAAGUCAACAAUCAUCACAGCGGCCUACAUCUGAUGAUAAAAAUACGCGUGAUGUAAGGAUGUCUUCGUUGUUUGAAGGUUAUAGUUCAGUGACUUCAAAUGAUAGCAGAUACUUGGAUAGUCGUCGCACAAACGAAAAAUUGAAAGAUUUAAUAGUGUUUUUGUACACCGAACCAUCAAUAAUGUUUUAUUCAAACGUUUUCUUAAUGAUAUUUUCAAUUAUAUUAAUGAAAACAGCUGACAAAUAUAUAUCAAAUUUGGAUAUCACAAGAACAUUUCUCAAUUUAGAAUCAAAUAAGGCAAUAUUUUUAUGUUUAUAUAGCGGCUUUUUAAUGAUUUUAUCAUGUAUAUGUGCAUUAUAUAGUGCUUUAACUAUACGUAGACAACUUUGCUAUUGUAUUAGUGGUGUUAUGAUCAUCAGUGCAAUAUUUCAGCUUGGACUUGGGAUAAUAAUAAUUAAUAGAAAAACUGAUCAAGAAACUAUGGUAAAAAAAGAAAUGAAAUUAAGCUUUUUAAAUUACAACAUUCAAUCAGAUGUCACACAACGUUGGAAUUCAUUUCAGUCUGAAUUUUUAUGUUGCGGAUUGUAUGGUGAAAAUAGUUAUAAAGCAAAACAAUUACCAAUACCAGUAUCUUGUUUUAAAGAACAGUGUGCCCUUAAACAAUAUGGUAAAAUUAAUAAUUAUCAUAUGGGUUGCUUUGAAUUAGUGAAAAAACUUGAGGAAAAAUUUUUGAAUCCAGUUAUUAUUCUAACAUUUUUUUGUUCGUUUCUACAAAUGUCAAACGCUAUUUUAAUUUUGAAUUUAUUGAGACCUAAACCAAAACCAAGAAGAUACCAUAUUGUCUAUAGAAGAACUUAGAACAUAUUCUAGCUAUAAAAAAAAAAAAUCAGAUAAGAAAAAGUUAUAAAUGAUCAAUUAAAAAUAUCAAUAAAUGAGAUAACGCUUUGAAAUGUAACACUAUGUCAUAAAAAUAAAAAUUUGUGUAUCUUUAAUUGAAUAUAAUUUAUAUAUUGUAUAAAAUCUAAUGAAGAAUGUCACUUUAAUUUGAAAGUAAUAGAC